AAGUUUCCCACGGCCCGCAUCAAGCGCAUCAUGCAGGCCGACGAGGAAGUCGGCAAGGUCGCCCAGCAGACACCCAUUGCCGUUGGUAAGGCGCUGGAGCUCUUCAUGAUCCAGUUAGUCACAAAGAGCGCAGACGUUGCCAAGGACAAAGGCUCCAAAAGAGUGACGGCGUCCAUGCUGAAGCAGGUGGUGGAGGCUGACGAGCAGUGGGAUUUCCUGCGGGACAUUGUGGGCCGUGUCGAGAACGAGAAGGAG